UCUAACACAAACUCUAUCCAAUUACUAACCAGUACUUUUCAACCUCGACAACAAACCACAUAUUCUCCUUCCUCAAAAGUAUCUUAUCAUCCAGCAACAUUUUAAGAAACAGAAUGACAGAAAUGCAAGCAAAAAUCAGGUGUGCAGUUGUUACCGGUGGAAAUAAGGGGAUUGGGUUUGAGAUUUGUAGACAACUAGCUUCUAAAGGAAUUUCAGUUUUGUUGACGGCUAGAGAUGUAACCAAGGGUUUAGAAGUAGUUGAGAAGCUCAAAAAUUCUUUUGAACUUUCUAAUGUUGUUUUUCAUCAACUAGAUGUGAUGAAUCCAGUUACCAUUUCUUCUCUAGCUGAAUUCAUCCGAAGUCACUUUGGAAAACUAGAUAUCUUGGUGAAUAAUGCUGGAAUUCUUGGAGCAACAACUGAUGCUGUUGGUUUCACGGCAAUGGUGCAAGCUCUUGUUCAGAUAGACCAGAACAAAGAGAAACGACCAAAUUUGAAACAAGUGAUAACAGAGACUUAUGAAUUAGCAGAAGAAUGCAUGCAAACAAAUUACUAUGGUGUCAAAUCAGUGACUAAAGCAUUUAUUCCUUUACUUCAGCUCUCUGAUUCACCAAGAAUUGUUAAUGUUUCCUCCCUCAUAGGAAAGCUGAAGUAUCUCUGCAAUAAAAAGGCUUUGGAAAUAUUGGAUGACAGCGAUGGCUUAACAGAAGAGAGAGUGGAUGAGAUAGUGAACAUAUUUUUUAAGGAUUUCAAAGAAGAUCGUUUAGAAACAAAAGGAUGGCCUUCAUGUCUACCUGCAUAUACAAUCUCAAAAGUAUGUUUGAAUGCUUAUACAAGGAUAUUGGCAAGAGAAUUUCCUACAUUUCGUGUAAAUUGUGUAUGUCCUGGUUGGGUUAAAACAGAUAUUUGCUACAAUAGUGGAGUUUUCACUACUGCAGAAGGUGCGGAAAAAGUUUUGAGUUUGGUUAUUGUACCUGAUGAUGGACCUUCUGGCCUCUACUUUACCAAUGGAGAAGUAACACCAUUUUGAUGUAUAAUGCAAUACAACAGCAAAAAAGAUAUCAUGAUUACUGUUUUAGCUCUA